GAGUCCUGCGCCGGAGUCAGAACUGCGUCUCCCGACCCAGGCGCCGGUCUCAGAAGGAGAGCCAGCGAGCGAUGGUGCCGCCGCCGCUUCCUGAUUGGCUGCGGGUGGCUCCCUUUUCCUUCUGAUUGGCAGCUGGUGACUGGAGGAUGCUGAGCAAGGGCUUGAAGCGCAAGAGGGAGGAGGAGGAGGAGGAGGAGGAGGAGGAGGAGAAGGAAGCCCUGGCAGUGGAUACCUGGUGGCUGGAUUCUGACCACCCAGCAGUGGCACAGGCGCCCCCGGCCGUGGCCUCCAGUUCUCUCUUUGACCUUUCAGUGCUCAAGCUCCACCACAGCCUGCGGCAGAGUGAGCCAGACCUGCGGCACCUUGUGCUGGUAGUGAACACUCUGCGGCGCAUCCAGGCAUCCAUGGUGCCCACAGCUGCCCUGCCGCCUGUGCCCAGCCUGCCUGCAGCUCCUGGCAUGGCUGACAACCUGCUGGCCAGCUCAGACGCUGCCCUCUCAGCAUCCAUGGCCAGCCUCCUGGAGGACCUCAGCCAUAUUGAGGGCUUGAGCCAGGCACCCCAGCCCCUGGCAGAAGAGGGGCCCCAGGGCCGCCCCAUUGGGGGAGCCCCACCCAGCCUGGGUUCCUUGGACUUGCUGGACCCAGCCACUGGCUGUCUGCUAGACGAUGGGCUCGAGGGCCUGUUUGAGGACAUCGACACCUCCAUGUACGACAGUGAACUUUGGGCGCCGGCCUCUGAGGGCCUUAAACCUGGCCCUGAAGAUGGGUCAGGCAAGGAGGACACUCCGGAGCUAAAGGAGACUGAGCUGAAGGACACUGAGCUGGACUACCUCAUGGACGUGCUGGUGGGCACACAGGCACUGGAGCGGCCACCGGGGCCAGGACGCUGACCCCAGGGCUGGGAGGGUGUCUGGUGACUAAACUGAGAGUUGAUGGCUGAGCCAACUCUCCUUGGAAAGACACGGCUGGCUCCCCUAGGACAGAGAUGGGGGCUUCAGAGAGACAGAAUCAGUCAUGGGCAGCUUCACCUUGGUCCCCUUCUCUUAGACUGAUGGGCGGAGUCUGGGAUCAGCCCUCAUGAUGGAAUGACAGGGCUCGGUGGCUGGAUUGUGAUUGGACCAGGCCUAGUGCUGGACUGACUCCCCUGAGGUCGUAGCCUGGAAUAUGGUUCUCCCUGAUGUGGAAAGAGACCCCAACCAGUUUUUUGAAAUUAAAAACCAGUCCUUGGAAAUAUCAA